GUUUGAUAACAAUAUUUUGCUCACGUUGCUCUUCCGUGAAUUUGUGUGAUCACGAGUUGCCCAAAACGUCAUUUACGUAUUGUGUGUUCUUUACGGAAAUACAAUGUUAUUAACCACAUGAUCCGAUUAUGUUUAAACAAUUUUACUUGCGAUUAUCGGGCAUGUAAAAAUCUUAUGUAUUCAAAAUGGCGGCCUUGUAAACACUGGACUUAUAGUGGAGUGUCACAAUUCUUGUCGGACGGAUAUGAAACUCGAAAGUCCGGGAAAAAACAGACCGAUAUACACUACUGGGACUUUAACACUGAAGUGUUGUGCAACGUAAUUUCAUUUUGAGCGAGAGAUCAGAUUGUAUAUAUAUAUAUAUAAACGAGUGUACAGUAUGCAUACAGCAGAUGACUUAUAGUUGAAACAAUCACUGGUUUAGCAUGAGUUUAUGGAAAAAGCUACAAAGAGUUGGCAAGAAGGCUUCCAAGUUUCAGUUUACUGCAUCUUUUCAUGAGUUGGUGAUUGAAUGUACCAACAAAUGGCAACCUAAUAAAUUGAGAGUAGUAUGGACAAGAAGAGGUCGGCGACAAACUACAGAGCUUUAUGCUUGGGUGCCGGGUAUCCAGGAUCCGUAUAGAGGAAGUGUGGUAUGGAGUGUACCAGAAAAUGUAGUGGUAAAUGUAACAUUGUUCAAGGUAUCUAAAAAUGGCAAGAGAAAGAAAAUAGCUGAGAAGAAUAUAAAUAUGAAAAAAUUUGCAGUAUUACUGCCAGCACAGUCAGAUAUCAAAAUACCACUCAAAAUGUUGAGCAAAAAAUGCAUUGCUGGUUCACUAAGUUGCACCAUUUCUUGUGUGUUACUUAAAGAAGGCUUGGCUACGGAUGAUGAUAUGCAGAGUUUAGCCAGUAUUUUAAGUUACCAGCAAGACGUUGGGAAUAUUGAAGAUUUUGAUGAUGAUGAUGAUGAAGAUUAUGACUUUGAUGAUAAAGGAACAUCUGCUAAAAUAUCUGAACUGGCUAAUCAGUACAACCUAUUUGGUACAGAUGAUAGCCAUGACUCUGACAUUAAUAGGGAGAAUAAUUCAAGUGAUUUAUUUGUAAAGUGCAAUAUAAAGAAAGAAGUUGUGAAACCAGUGACAGGUGGACAAUCAAAGCGAUUAAAUCCCUUUGAUGAUGAUAGUGAUGCAACUGCCGAAGAAGAAGUCACAUCUCUGUCACUCAACCCAUUCGAUGAGAGUGUAUCAUCCACCAACCCCUUUGAAGAAAUAGAACCUCCUUCAACAGGUAUUAAUCAGUUUGAAGAGGAUAGUAAAAAUUCAGCAGCUGCUCAAACUGUGACUUCUUUAAAUCCAUUUGAAGAUGAGGCUCAGGAUGAAAUGGAUGAACUAAAUCCAUUCUAUGAACCUCAAGUUAGCCAGAAAGUAAAAAGAAAAGCACCCCAGCCACCAGUUCAAAAAGCUGAACCCUCUCUAGUUAUAUCUCCUGCUGGAGCCAAAGAUGAUCAGGCGAGUGAACAAAAAGCUGUUAGUUGCAGUAACAAAGCCUACACAGGUUAUCCAGAAGACAACUCCACAGUCUGCUGUCACACCUCCACCUAUACUACUACUGUACCAGAAUGUACUGUAGUUGUACCAUCUCAACCGGUUACCAGUACCUCUCCAGUCACUCUCACCCCUGAACCAUCACCUGGGCCUAGUCCUGGAAAUAGCCCUAAAUCUGGGAAAAAAAUUACACCUGCGCAAGAGUUAUUGGAAUGGUGUAAGGAAGUUACUAAAGGAUAUCGAGGGGUCAGGGUGACCAAUUUAACAACAUCUUGGAGAAAUGGCUUGGCUUUUUGUGCUGUUGUUCACCAUUAUAGACCUGAUCUAAUUGAUUUUGCAUCAUUAUCUCCCCAUGACAUCAAAGGCAACAACAAAAAGGCCUUUAAUAGUGCUGCUAAACUUGGAGUUCCCAAGCUGAUCGAUCCUUCCAGUAUGGUGCUAUUGAGUGUGCCAGAUAAGCUUUCAGUCAUGACAUACUUGUUCCAAUUAAGAACUCAUUUCCUUGGUCAGGCAAUGGAGGUUCAUACUAUUGGAGACCCACAAAAACAAAGCACUUAUGUCGUUGGCAAUUAUGUGUCAGAUAGGAGCAGUGCUGUUUCCGGGGAAACCUUUGCAGCAGAAACAAAAUCUGCCAAAAUUGUUGAAUCUUCAAAAGUUUCAGAGGUUGCCUCAGAUAGUGAUGCAGCUAACAAUGACUGUUUGAAGCAAGAGGAAGUGAAAUGUAGCAGUAGUGAGGAUAGAACAGUUGCCAAUGGAUUGGUAACAUCCGAACAUAAAAUUGGGGUUGAUACCAAAUCUGAAAAAGGAAAAAAAAAAAAUAAGGAUGAUAAAGAGACACAAAAGAAGCAUAAAUACAAAAAGAAUCAUUCGCAUAGUAAAGAUGGAAGUGGGGAAAACAGAACUAAAUAUAUUAAAAACCGAAAAAAGCAUGAUGAAAAUAUUGACGAUACUGCUCCUCUGUCGAGUGAUCUUGCCAAAGCUGAACAGCUUGUGGAAAAAAACCAAAGCACUGAAGAUGAUUCGCAUACUGUGCAAAUGACUUCAUGGGAUCAUGUUGCAGUUACAAGCCAGGUCCCCAGAACAACAGACAGACCAACUCAACUAACAACUCGAAAAUACAAACCUUUUAAUAUUGUUAGUAUAAAUACCACCUCAUUCAUGAAACUCCCACCAACUCCCUCGCCAGAAGUGGAGACUGUGACACCAAAGAUGAUGCCACAUCAGCUGAUAAGAGAACAAGAAUUGAAAAUCCGAGCAAGAAAGUUACUGCAACAAGCUCGUAAAGAUGCUGCCGCUAAAAGCAGUGUAAAGAAAUCUUUGCCAACAACAAAGCCUGAAAAUGUUACCAAGGAGGAGGAAAAAAAGAAAAAGGAACUGAGAGAAAGGGCAAAGAAGCUGAUUGAGCAGGCUAGAAUUGGAAUUAAUAAACCAUCCCCAGAAGGACUAGAUACUAUACUUACUACAAAUUAUCAGCUACCAAGGUCUCAAAGUCAUGAAGGGAGUCGGUCUGAAGGCAGCACCCCAAACAUUACACCAACAAGUCCAGAAGUUAAAAGUUUGAAACUCAACUUAGUUAAGACAACUAUGGUAUCACCCACCCAACCUCCACCACCAAGUAGUGGUGCUUCUACAAGAGCCAGACGAACACAACUACAGUCAUUUAGUGACUUUAUCAAACCACCACCUCCUAUGUUUGUCACAGAGAUUGAAAAAGAUGAUGAGAAACAAGAUAGGACAGAAAGUAAUGAAGAAUCAGAUGAAUCAGAUGCUCUCUCUGAAUCGGAUUCUCAGUGUAGUGCUGAGAAUGUAGAGGAAGAAGAAGAAUUGAGGGAUACUAGCGAGUAUGUUUUGGGAGAAUUAGCAGCUUUGGAGCGAGAACAGAUUCAGAUUGAUGAGAGAGCUGGACAAGUGGAAAAAACCCUCAGAAAAUGUAUGAAUGAAGGACGUCGCACAAAACAAGAAGCUGAACUGAUGCGGGAAUGGUUCACCCUGGUGAACAAAAAAAAUGCUCUCAUUCGUCGCCAAGAACAACUGAGUAUACUAGAACAAGAGCAGGACUUGGAGAGAAGAUUUGAGUUGUUAAAUAGAGAACUGAGGAAAAUUAUGUCCAUCGAGGACUGGCAAAAGACAGAAGCUGAAAGGAAAAGGGAACAGCUGUUAUUGGAAGAGCUUGUUAUUUUGGUAAAUAAACGAGAUGAACUGGUUCAGACAUUAGACGAGCAGGAAAGAGCUGCCGAGGAAGAAUACGAACAUCUGGAAAGUGCUGUGAGCAAAGGUGUGAGAGUCAAACAAGAAAAGUGUGUUGUACAAUAGGGCUGUGCCUUACUGACAUUUCAAUAUGUUACUGACAUGGUGAAUGCAACUUGUGCCAUAUAUUACCAUUCAAAUGGAGAUCACACCAAACUAACCACAACAGAUGUAGUCUACUCCGCUACUCUGCACUCUUGUCAUCAAAAAUAUUGUUCACUCAUGAUUAAUUUCCACUGAUGGAUUGCUAAAACAAAGAGUAAAGAAAGAAAUGUUUUUCACAGUAA